AUGGCUUCUGUGGAUGAGCUCAAGGCUCAGGGCAACAAGGCGUUCUCAGCCAAGGACUACGACAGCGCGAUCACCCUCUUCUCAAAGGCUCUCGAGCUCGACCCGAAUAACCAUGUGCUCUGGAGUAACCGCUCGGCAGCCAAGAUCAGCAAACGCGACUAUGCCGGUGGACUCGAGGAUGCUGAGCAGUGCGUGAAGGUAAACCCUACGUGGGCAAAGGGAUAUUUGCGCAAGGGCGCGGCGCUGCACGGCGAGAGGCGUUAUGCCGACGCGAUCGAGGCGUAUGAGACUGGCUUGAAGAUCGAGGACAGCGCACCACUUCGCAAGGGCCUCGAGGAGGUCAAGGCCGCACAGGCCUCCGAUGAGCGUGGCGACGGUGCCGAGGCGGCUGGUCUCGGCAAGAUGUUCAGCGACCCCAACCUCAUCGCGAAGUUGGCCGGUAACCCGCGGACAUCGAAGCACCUCGCCGACCCCAGCUUCAUGAACAUGUUGAUGAUGGUGCAAAAGAACCCCACCCUCGGGAACCAGUUGCUCGGCAGUGACCCGCGCAUGAUCGAUGUCCUCGGUGUGCUCAUGGGGAUCGACAUGCAAGGCUUCUCUCGCCCCGAGGGCUCUGAAGAGAUGCCGCCGGGCUUCAACGCGUCCUCUCCCUCCCCCGCUUCUCCGCCACCCACACAGUCAAAGCCGACCUCCCCGCCACCUCCCCAGCCAACGGCAUCCUCGUCCAAGACGGAAGACGUGCAGAUGAAGGAGCCAGAGCCAGAGGUUGAUGACGACGAGGCCGCCGCAAAACGUGAGGCCGAGGCUGAGAAGAAGAAGGGUGCGGAGGCGUACAAGAAGCGCGAGCUUGAUGUGGCCGAGACGCACUUCUCGCGCGCGUGGGAGGUGUGGCCAAAGGACGUUACAUUCCUUACCAACCUAAGCGCCGUGUACUUCGAGAAGGGCGACUACCAAAAGGCGAUUGAGAUUGCCGAGAAGGCCAUCGAGGAGGGACGUGAGCUCCGCGCGGACUACAAGCUGAUCGCCAAAGCAUACGGUCGCAUUGGUACAUCGUACAGCAAACAGAACGACCUCGUCAACGCGGUCAAGUACUACCAGAAGUCUUUGACGGAGCACCGUACGCCCGACAUCCUGGCUAAGCUGCGCGAGGCAGAGAAGGCCCAGGCCGAGGCGGAGAAGGCUGCGUACGUUGACCCGGCGUUGAGCGAGAAGGCGCGCGAGGAGGGCAACGCGGCGUUCAAGGCAGGAGACUGGCCCGGCGCCGUGAAGCACUAUACCGAGGCAAUCAAGCGGAACCCGUCUGACCCACGCGGGUAUAACAAUCGCUCGAACGCCUACACGAAGCUCAUGGCGCUCUCCGAGGCGCUUAAGGAUGCCGAAGAGGCAAUCAAGAUCGACCCAACUUUCGUCAAGGCGUACAUCCGGAAGAGCGCGGUGCUCUUUGCGAUGCGCGACUACACCAAGGCGCUUGAGGCCGUACAGGACGCCACGGAGCACGACGAUGCAGGGAAGCAUACGCGCGAGAUCCAGGAUCAAAUGUACAAGAUCAACGCUGCCAUCAGCCAGCAACGCCAAGGUGAGACGGAGGAGGAGGCCUUGCAGCGUGCGAUGAAGGAUCCCGAGGUUGCGAACAUCAUGAGCGACCCGAUCAUGCAGAGUAUUCUCCAACAGGCACAGUCCAACCCACAGGCACUGCAGGACCAUAUGAAGAACCCCUCUAUCCGUCAGAAGAUCAUGAAGCUCGUGAACGCUGGAAUCAUCAAGACGCGUUGA